AUGUCACGGAGAAUAUGCCCACCUUAUGGUUCAAUACCAACAAUAUUCACUGAUCAUUGGCGUCCAUCAAAUUGUUUACCCUACGGAAUUUUACGAUUCAGAAAUGAGGACCUUCUCAGCAGUCAAGUGGGUGAGAUAAUCAAUAACGCAGAAAAAUUUUCCGUAUCAAUUGAUGCAAAGAAUUUUGCGCCAAAUGAAAUAACAGUUAACACCGAAGGUAACGAACUUAAAAUUGGCGCAUUGCAUGUCGACAAUAAGGGCACGAAACAAUUCGAACGACGUUACGUGAUACCGGACAAUGUAAUGAUGGAAUGCAGUGAAACCAAAAUCAGUCCGGAUGGAGUACUCAUUGUUACAUUGUUUAAAAAGCAUUGA